AAUUGGCUGGCUCCCUCACAGCUUUGGCAAGUCAAUUCUUACGUUUCAAUUACCCGUUAUAUAUAUACAUACAUAUAUAUAUAUAAUCGUCUGUCAUUUCUGAAGAGAUCUGCAAUUGACAGAAACAACACCUUUUGAUUGCGUUAUUUGUACGGAGGAGGAGGAGCUUCGAGCACGUUGUAGCUAUGGCGACUGUGGGCCAGUUGCAGAAACAGUUUGUUGACUUCUCCACUUCUCUCUACCGCGAGGGGUUUUUGGAUGAUCAGUUCAUACAGCUACAGAAACUGCAAGAUGAGAGCAAUCCGGAUUUUGUAUUCGAAGUUGUUUCCCUCUUCUUUGAGGAUUCUGAGAAGCUUCUCAAUAAUUUGGCCAUUGCCCUCCAACAGCAGGUUGUAGAUUUUAAGCAGGUCGAUGCCCAUGUUCAUCAGUUCAAAGGCAGCAGUUCCAGCAUAGGUGCACACAGGGUGAAGAAUAUGUGUGUUGCCUUCAGAAACUUCUGUGAAGAGAAAAACCUCGAUGGGUGUUUGAGAUGUUUGCAGCAAAUAAAUCACGAGUACUGUCUUGUCAAGAACAAGCUCGAAAACGUGUUCAGGCUGGAGCGACAAAUCUUGGAAGCUGGUGGAACAAUCCCGUUAAUAGCAUAACUCUCGAGCUAUAUUACAUGGUAAGAACACAGAACGGGGCUCUGCUUUGACCGCUAGUUUUUGUGUUAGAUUUUAGAUCUAAAUAUGUCUGAGUUGAAUGGGAUGUGUGAAUUAAAAUUACAUGUUUUCUUGAUUCCUCCUCUCGUUUUAUGUUUUCUUCUAUAUUGGCAUUUGUAAUGUUGCAUGUAGCUGUUAAUUACGUUUCUUCUACUGUGUUCUUCUUUGGUUUUGGUUUUGGUUUUAACUUUUUAAGGUUGUAGCCUAGUACUGUUGAUCUUGUAAUUUAAGAAAGAGAACUGAUUACGAUGAUUGUGGUUCGAGUAAUCAUUUUUCUUUUUAAUUUGUCAAAAAUCGCAAUUUGCUUCUCUU